AUGAAAGAUCUGGUCGUAUAUGUCCCACCUGAUUCACCGGAAUUGCUGGUACCAUAUCUUACCACUAUUGAGGCUCCAAGAUAUGCUGUGAAGAAGAUUAGUGGUGCUUUGACUAACGUCAUUUACAAAUUAACAAUUAUAGACACUAAUGAAACGUAUUUAAUUAGAAUAUACGGGACUAAAGAUGAUUCUCUUGUCGAUAGAUCAGUUGAACUGGACAAUAUCAGACGAAUACCAGAUAAUCUAAACGUUAUAAAAAUACUCUAUUUUUUCCAAAAUGGUAGGAUUGAACUGUUUUUAGAUGAUUUUAGAGCCAUACUGAGUGAAGAAAUGAGACGUAACGACUAUUUUGAGUUGAUAGCUCAACAAUUCCGUGAUUUGCAUUCAAGUGUUCAAUUAUAUGAGAGUGAAAUCAAAGGUCUUGGUUUCGUCUGGACAAAGAUUCUCAGUUGGAUUGAAAUCAUUGAUUCUAUGAUCGAUUGUAAUAAAACUAACCUUCAAAUUGUUAAUAGCAGUCUACUGUGUAAAGAUUGGAACUCUUUCAAAGCUGUGGUAUUGGACUAUAAAGACUGGUUAUUAGAACAUGAUUCUGAAAGUUUUGAGAAUUUUGUAUUUUGCCAUAACGAUACUCAACAAGGUAAUAUUAUGAUAAAUCCCAAGCGCAAAGAUGUUGUAUUUAUAGAUUUCGAGUAUGGAGGUGCAAAUGCCCUAUCGUUUGAUAUAUCAAAUUUUUUCACUGAAUGUAUGCACAAUUAUAAUCUAAUAGAAUCUUACGAUUGUAAAAGUGAAUUCUAUCCAACAAAGGACCAAAUCAUGCUGUUUUUAAAAAAAUAUCUGCAUGAAGAUGUUAAAGAAAAGAAUAUACACAAACUUUACAACUCUGUGAUCAGGUGGAGAGCCACUGCACAAUUAUUUUGGUCUAUUUGGGCUGUUAUUCAAAGUGAUAAAUUAUCGAAAGAAUUGGAAAUGGAAGAAUCUGAUGAUGAUGCAAUUACACUAUCAUCAACUUCAGAGACUUUAAACUAUAAUGAUGAUUAUUUCAACUACUUGAGUUUUUGUAAAAGCAAAAUUUCAUAUUUUUGGGGCGAUUUGAUAAAAUUCAAUAUUGUAAAUGAAAGUGCUUGUCAGUUACCACAAAUUAGAUUCUUAGGAACUGAAUUAUUUGAAACAAACUAA